AUGCAGCCAGAGUCAGUACUUAGCGACGUGACCACGAGGGGGCAGUAUCACCCAGCUGGUGCUGAAGCUGUAUGUGGAGGGUUCACUUCAGGGAUUCAAAGAGAGCAGGCUGAGAGCAGAAGCACAGCGUUUUCCUUAUUGGCUGAGAAGACAGUGCCAAAAACCAGUACAGUCACUAGAGUGAAAAAAAGGGACACCUCGAUACCAGAAGUAGCUCUCUGGCCCGAGACUGCAAGUCUACCAUUGAUUCAAUUGGGAAGAACCAUGAGGGCGCCCGCUCAUGCUCUGCUCACGUUCCUGUGGUUGCAGCUGGACUGGGGCCGAGCAGAGCAGCUGGAGCAGCUUCCCCGCACCCUGCGCGUGCAGGAGGGAGACACCUCUGUCAUCAACUGUACUUACUCGGGCAGUGGCUCGUUCUACUUCCCUUGGUACAAACAAGAAGCUGGGAAGGGGCUCCAGCUCAUUAUUGACAUUCGUUCAAAUGCAGCGAGAGCGCAAAAGGGAAGACUCCUGGUUUCAUUCAGCAAGACAGCUAAGCAGGUUUCCCUGCACAUCACAGACAUCCAGCUUGGAGACGCAGCCGUGUACUUCUGUGAAGCCAGUGCACAGUGCUUGGCAGGCACCUGCAGCCUGUGCGAAAACCUGCUGCUGUGCUGGGCCUUCUGCUGGUCUUGGCACAGACUUUUCAGUAUUUGCUGUGUUGGAUUUUAAGUGAUAACUACUGCAGAGACAUUUAAAGCAUAUAGUAGGGGAGUUAGCUCUCGGAUGACUUGGGAAGUCUCAGCUUCAGAACAUCUUGUUGGUACUAAAUACUGAUGCUUAACAGUUUUUCUGAGUUAUUUUUUAAUUGUUUUUAUUUAAGACGUACCAACGUGAUGUUCUGAUACACACGUACAAGGUGGAAAUAAGAUUUUUG